AUGGCAGUUGCAGUAUCAAGUUGGUGUUCCAUGUUUUCUGUUCUAACUACCUCAACUGUCAAAUUUCGGUACUCACAUAGACACACUCACAAUCACACAACCACGCACAUACCCUUCAUUUCCAUCCGUUGCAGCCGCACGCCUUCAAAUCCUGACCCCAAUUUCAAAGGACAGAAGGAUGAUGUAUGGCAGAGGAAUCAGUUGGAGCUAUCAUCCAAAGAUGAAAGACCUGCCGGAGGGAAUGUGGUGCCUGCGUUUUAUAAGCCUUCUGGUAUUUCAAAGAAAAAUAAGGAAUUUUUAGUAGACUCCAAGGAUCAACAGGUUGAAUCAAGUGACUUACAAGACUCAGAUUUCCUCAAUGCUGUUGUGAAGGUUUACUGCACGCAUACUGCUCCAGAUUAUUCACUUCCCUGGCAAAAACAGAGACAAUUUACAAGCACCGGAAGUGCGUUUAUGAUUGGAGGGAGGAAACUAUUAACCAACGCACAUUGUGUGGAGCACGAUACCCAGGUAAAAGUUAAGAGAAGAGGGGAUGAUUCAAAAUAUGUGGCUAAGGUUUUAGCCAGAGCUGUUGGUUGUGAUUUAGCUUUGCUUUCGGUAGAAAGCGAGGAGUUUUGGAGAGAUGUUGAACCUCUUAGAUUUGGACAUUUGCCACAUCUUCAGGAUUCUGUAACGGUUGUGGGAUAUCCUCUUGGAGGAGACACAAUUUCAGUGACAAAGGGAGUUGUAUCUCGUGUAGAGGUUACAUCGUAUGCUCACGGAUCCUCCGAGUUGUUGGGCAUUCAAAUUGAUGCAGCAAUAAAUCCAGGUAAUAGUGGAGGCCCAGCGUUCAAUGGCAAAGGAGAGUGCAUUGGAGUGGCAUUUCAGGUCUACAGAUCUGAAGAUGCUGAGAAUAUUGGAUAUGUGAUUCCAACAACCGUUGUAUCUCAUUUUCUGACCGACUUCGAAAACAAUGGCAAAUAUACUGGUUUCCCUUGCCUCGGUGUACUUAUACAAAAGUUGGAGAAUCCUGCGCUGCGUGCAUGUUUGAAACUACAAUCUAAUGAGGGUGUAUUUGUACGUAGAGUUGAACCAACUUCCGAUGCAAAUAACGUAUUAAAAGAGGGUGAUGUGAUUGUCAGCUUUGAUGGUAUACGUGUUGGAUGUGAAGGAACAGUUCCAUUCCGCUCAAAUGAGAGAAUUGCCUUCCAUUACCUCAUUAGUCAAAAAUUUGCAGGCGAUACUGCAGAACUCGGUAUCAUCAGAGCUGGAAACUCAAUUAAAGCUAAAGUUAUUUUAAAUCCACGAGUUCAUUUGGUUCCCUAUCACGCUGAUGAAGGUCAGCCUUCCUACUUAAUAAUUGCCGGUUUGGUGUUCACACCCCUGUCAGAGGCAUUGAUUGAGGAGGAACGUGAAGACUGUAUAGGGUUGAAGUUAUUGGCAAAGGCACGCUAUUCAUUUGCCAGGUUUAAAGGGGAACAGAUUGUAAUUCUUUCACAGGUCUUGGCAAAUGAACUCAACAUAGGUUACGAAGAUAUGAACAAUCAGCAGGUUAUAAAAUUCAACGGAGUUCGAAUUAAAAACAUUCACCAUCUUGCACAUCUCAUUGAUUCAUGCAAGGAGAAAUAUCUGUGUUUUGAAUUUGAAGAUAGCUAUGCUGCUGUUUUGGAGAGAGAAGCUGUUAUUGCGGCUUCAUCAUCCUUGCUGAGAGACUACGGUAUCCAAUCUGAAAGAUCUUCUGAUCUCUUGAAACCGUAUGUGGAUUUAGUUGAAGUAGAAGGCGAGCAACCAGCAGAACAAGAUUUUGGUGAUAGCCCGGUUUCAAAUUUUGAAGUUGGCCAUGAUGGAUUGUUUUGGGCAUAG